AUGGAAAAUAUUGAAGUGCUUAAAAGAAGUUUGAAUACAGAAAAAGUAUUCUAUGAAUUAGAUUGGCAUACACUUGAUAUGGAUAAAUCAUUUGGAGAUUCAAUUUAUGAUAAAUUUGAACAACUUAAAAGCAGUGAUGAUCUUAUAUCGAAUAAAAAAGCAAAAUAUAAUGUUAAUAAAAAAAAAAAUGAUGAUAAGAAUAAUAUCGAAAAAAAUUGUAAGUCUAUUCUAAUAAAUAAAGAAGGAAAUCCAAUAGAAAACAACAAAAAAAAUGUAUGCAAAGAAAUUAAAUGGGAUUGUAAUUAUAACCAACUAUUUUGUGCAUAUAAUAAUGAUACUAAUAAAUAUGAACACAAUCCAAUUCCAAGUACUCCACUUUGUUCAUGUAUAAAAGACAAAUCAGCAGAAAAAAAAAGUCCAUAUGAAAUAAAAAAAUGUAAUUUUAUAAAAGAAGUAAAUAGUGAAGAUUCAUCUAAAAUAUGUUUUAUUCCAUCUGUUGAUAUUUUAUAUGAUAAUGAAAAAGUUAUAUUUUUAUUUUUUAUAUCUGGAAACUUAGAAAAUUUUAGUGUUCAAUCAACCGAUAAUUAUAUUACUAUAUCAGGUAAUAAAAUCCCUUAUGAUAUACAAAAAUGUACCAAUUAUUAUUCCCAUGAAAUAAAGAAAGGGUAUUUUUUAAGAACUUAUUAUUUUAUGAAACCAAUAGAUAAAGAAAAUAUACAUUAUGAGCAUAAACAUGGAAUUAUGAAAGUAUGUGUCUAUUUGCUCAAAUAA